AUGGCCAUGAAUCCAGAUCGCAUCAAGUAUCAUGCCAAUGGUGACCAUGAGCACCAUCUCGCCAAUACCGUGAGACUUAACGACAAAGACAGCACCAUAACACGAUUCAUUCAAUGGAUCAAAAAAGGCGACCAGGCCGUGCCGUCCGACCGUGUACCGCUCGCAACCGAUUUCGACACUCUUCCCUCGACUGCCAGCGGUGAAUCGAUAGAGUCGAACUAUGGUCGCUACAAAGAGGUCCUGGCCUGGGGCUCGUCUUCCACAGUCAAAUUGUCCUACAAGCCCGAUCCACACCACGGCCCGAAAGCGUACACUUACGCUGUUAAAGCCUUCCGCCAACGUGCCAACGAGUCACAGACUGCAUACCACAAGCGUGCCUCGGCCGAGUUUUGUAUUGCAACAACCCUUCAGCACAAGAACAUAGUUCACACGAUCGACCUUAUGAACGAUGAUCACGGGCGUAUGUGUCAAGUCAUGGAGUUUUGUGCCGCGGGUGACCUUUGCGCUAUACUUAUAUCUGCAGGAAGGCUUGAUGAAACGGAAGCAGACUGCUUGUUUAAGCAGAUGAUGCGAGGCCUUGCAUAUUGCCAUGGAAAGGGAGUUGCACACCGGGACUUGAAGCCAGAGAACAUACUACUGACGACAACGGGAUGCUUGAAGAUAUCUGACUUUGGAAUGGCCGAGUGUGUGCAAUACGCGUGGGAAAAGACAAGUCAUCGUUCGAAGGGUCUGCAAGGCAGUAAGCCUUACCAAGCACCUGAAGUCUACACCACAGAGCGUUUCGACGCCAGAGCCAUCGACGUUUGGGCCACAGGUGUCAUAUAUGUUGCUAUGCGGACAGCGCAUCUGAUGUGGAGCAAGGCUGAGAGUACGGAUGCUGUAUUUAAGAAGUUCCUGGUGAGUUGCGGGUCAGGUGAAGGGUAUCGACCUAUUGAACAAUUCGAAGGUGUAAGUCGAAAAGUGACCCAGGGCCGAAUCCGCUAA